AUGAACCUCGCCCACGUCUGAUAAAGGAGUAAGCAAACCUGAAAUUUGCAGAAAACCAACUGCAAAAAAUUGUCAUUACCCUUAUAGACGCGUCAAAACCAGCACAAACUGGAAGGGCACAUUUGACAUAUUGGAAAUUGUAGGCUAGGGAGUGAGCCAUAGACAAAAUGAGGUGUGAAUAUGUCACUCGAAUAACUUCAAUAGUGUUAAUUAUCAUCUGUCUGGUGAAUGAAAUGGUUUCCGAGCCAAGAUUUAGUUGGGCUGCUAGACGUCGUCGUCGAAGGUAUUGUAAGCCAGUGGACUGCAUCCCUGGAGACUGGAGCCCAUGGAGUGACUGUUCUCACACUUGUGGCCCUAACGGUCAUUCCACUACAAGAAGAAAGAUCAUCAAACCUGCUCAAUGUGGAGGCAAAUGCCUAGUGACCACUGUCGGUGCUAGGGCGUGCAAUCGCUUUUGCUUGAAUGGUGGAACGCUUAUACGUUCGUCGUGUCACUGCAAGAAUGGCUACAAGGGAGAAUGCUGCGGUGAAAUGGGUGAGUUAAAAAAGUUUAAAAACCUGUUUCGUGAACAGGUUUUUGAACAGUCAGUCGCUGCAUAGCGUAGCUCGUUUGCAUUAUAUUUGCAUCGUCACAAAACUGUAAUCAGUGGCCUGAGAAGACUAAGAAUAGAAAAAUCCUGUAUAUUGCAAUAAAUAACGCUGCUGAAUAUUUCAGCUUUUUUUAGGAUUGUCUGAAAGGUAUGGACUCCAAAGUCAACUCGGCAUCGCAAUGUACGAUAAAAACAAAUGGAUGAAAAAGCACUAGGUUGUAGCUUGGGAGGGGGCAGUUGCCAUGAAGAUAUGAAUUCUUACAUGAAAACUUGACUAACUUUGUUUAUUUAGGUAUAGCCGGACAACUAAUCAUAAUAUGAUCUCUUGGUUGUCUCUCUUGAUUGUCAAAUAAUGUUAGGGAAUGAAUAUGGGGAAAAUAUACUGAGGUUCACUGAUAAUAACAAGUGAGAAGAAAGCAAAACUUUGAUCGCAUCAUGAGUAUGCUAUGCGUGCUGGAAUUUUCACCUUUAACGGCGUUUUAGGUCCCCACUUUUUUCAAAGGUAACUUAAACGCUUCGCUGUAAACCAGAAAGAUCUGCUUUAGCCCUGAAAAUGGAGUCGUAUAGGUGAGUAAAAUACAGUCCUAUUUUUGGGUCAGAGCCACUGAAUACAGUCUUAUUAGCUAAGGCUGAUAUGGAACCAAUGGCUGACUGAAAUGAGUCCCAGCGUGGGCUGAAAUGAGCUCAGUUUUGAUAGGGCUGUUUUUGGCUUACGUUGUGCUUAAAUGGCUCCAGGAGAGGUAAAUAGGUCUUUAGCCUAACCAAAGAAAGUUCAUGAAUAACUUCGCAAAGAACAGGAACUGUUUACAACAAUAACACUGUUAUUUACUGUAGAAAGCGGAACAUGGACCAGUUGGGGAGCAUGGUGCGCUUGUUCCAAGACCUGCGGCAGAGGGACACAAUACCGUAAGCGCUCCUGCACCAAGCCCGGUGGUUACGGUUGUCUGGGGAACUCUGAAGAAUACAGAUCAUGUAUGAUGAAAUCAUGCAACUUAGGUAAGAGUUUGAUUUCAGUGUUUAACUGGUAAUUUCAUCGCUCUUUAAUCUCAAGAAUGUAAUGAACGAGGCUACUGCAAGUGCCAGAGGCUUUCUCUCAUCUUUCGAAGCAGCCAAUCAUUUACAAAAGAGUCCAUUUUCUUUCCCUAACAAAUUUGAAAUUUGCAUGUGCUGUCGAAGAGGCCAAAGGGCUAAUCAUGAUUCUCCGGCCACCAACGAGAAAGUUAGUAGAUGGGAAAAUAGCCGUAGUGAAACGGUUUUAUAAGAUUUCGGAAUCUCUGUGGCCCAGCAUUCUUUCCGCAAGCCCAUACCAGGUUCAAUCAGGGGAUCGUGCAACCAAGUCGUAGAUUGUGCCGGGAGGCUUUAAACGCUUCGUUCUCGCAAGAAGGGAGGGUAGGUGGGCUGGCAAUCGUUUUAUGCCCCGGACUAGAGCGGAGUAGAGAGCACCUUUUAUCAAGAGAGAAUGAGGUGUAAUUCUCUUUUCCCUUUUGUACAACUAUUUGCAUUAUCACAUUAUCCACUGCGAAAACGUCCGUAAAAUUUGGCGAUUUGUCAAGAAAUUGCUAAGCUACAUCUUCGCUCGUUUUUAAUAAAACGUAUCACUUUCAAACUUGGCAAGUUUACUUAGUUUUAGGUUUUUAUUCCGGGUCGUCAGUGUAUUUUUGCUAACGGGUCCGAGACCAAAGUUGGCGGGAAAAAUCGUGCAGGAGCCUAUUCAAAUAGCUGGCCUGCGAAGAUAUAAUAUUCUUUACCAAAAACUUUCAAAACUGCAGCAACAACUCAGCUGACAUUGCAUAGCUGUUAGUAUCCCUGUUCACGUGACUCUUCCCCUCUGAUCACAUCACCAGAUGGAGGCUGGUCAGCCUGGUCACCCUGGGGACAAUGCACAGGUUCGUGUGGCUCGGGACUACAGACCCGUAAGAGAUCCUGUACAAACCCGCCUCCAGGCUACGGCGGGAAAAAAUGUUCAGGACCCGCAGAGCAGCAUAAAAACUGUUUUUUGCAACGGUGUCCAGGUGAUGUAUCAAUUAUUACCUGUUAGCUUCUGACAUAAGAAAGAUUAAAAUAUUCAAUACUGUAGUAGAAAGACUUUUCCCGCAGGCCAUGACGUGCACUGAUAUCAUUGUUCACAAAUUAAAUGUCCUGCCAUGACGCUUUCGAUGGUGGUCAGUUUAGGUUUUUGUAAAUUAAAGUAAACUAAAGUAAAAAAUGCACUUUCUUUGAGUUAUAAUGUUUUUAGCACAAACGUUUUAAAUAAUUACGAACAAUCGGUUAUAAGUUUUUCUACUUGAGACAGGACCGCCAUUUUACGUGGUCAUCCGAGCCACGCAAAGAUCUAGCCGUUUUCAUGAGGGCAAAGGCAAUACCUUAAUUAAUUUCUCAGUUAUUUUAAGACCCUGAGUAAGAGUCCGGCUCCGGGAUCGAGCCCAGGCCCUCCCGUUCUGCAGUCAAGCGCUCUACCAACUGAGCUAUAUAGUCCAGCCGCGAUUAAUAGAGUGUACCUUGGACUUGAUUGAUUAACGUGUGCACGCCUCAAACCGGUUUUUGAGUGUGUCGUUAUCGGGGUGUAGAACACAGAGGCAAAUCUUUCCUUUUUGCGUUAGUGAAUGGCGGAUGGUCAAGCUGGAGUUCCUGGGCUUCCUGUUCCAAGAGUUGUGGGUACGGAUAUCAAUACAAAAGAAGAUACUGCAACAAUCCAUCCCCGGGGUAUGGAGGAAAGCCCUGUGUUGGACCCAGCACAAAAACACGAGGAUGUUCUGUAAAACGCCAAUGCCCAGGUUUGGUGAAUUUAAUUUUACAACAUUCUACAUAAGAAGUGUGUCAACUCUUAUUUGAGUUCAAACUCAUUGAAAGAGCGAUUUUUCUUAACUUGACUUAAAAUGAUUAUGCAGGAACAAAUUGAAUUAAAGCAACAAACGAACAAAUGUAAGAAUGAUAUUGGUUUCACGCAGAGGAAUGUGUUUGGCGUCAGUACGUGGGGGCAUCAAAGUUUAGAAAUGCGGGAGCGUGAAUGGCUUUUAGCGUAUCGAUCAUCAGCUGUGAGAAAGUUAAGUGUAUACAAUAAGUGUGAACUACGACAACGUGAAAAACGAGAAGGCGAAGUGCUAGGACAUCAUAUGUAAUCAAUAAUGACUGGAUCCAAUGGAGCGUUCUUAGUGAUAGAUAGCUAAAAGUGAAAAGAGUAACAUGGAGAGUGAUUGUUCUGUUCAAUUAUAGUUACUGCAUUUUAUUUAUUUUUCAACCUCGGAUAAGGCAUCUCUAGCCUCAUCAUGAUCAUUGGCUCACUGUAUAUCGAUUUUCAUCCAUUAUUCCUAAGUAUGACCUUAAAUGGAAAAGGGGUGCGACAACAACAACGACGAUGUUGGAACACCCAACAGCUUGAAAUCCUACGGAAUUACAGAUGACGUUUUGUAAGAUCAAAUGAAAUUGGGUAAAGUUUAGUUAAUUUAAUUUCCAUUUUCCCUGUUGGAUACAAGAUUGGGGGCUUAUGCAACGCAGGCUCAUGGAAUAACUGUUCAAAAUAUUUCGCACUUAUUUAGUGGAUGGUGGAUGGUCAGGUUGGCAUUCUUGGAGCAAAUGCUCGAGGACUUGCGGACAAGGGCACCAGUUCAGCCACAGAUACUGCAACAAUCCAACUCCGAAAUAUGGAGGCAAGCACUGUGUUGGAUCAAACAAGAAGACACGAUCGUGUUCCAUUAAAUCGUGUGCAGGUAUUGAGUCUCUUCGAAUUCACCCAGCUAUACAGAAUCCCUUAGCCUGUUCAGAGACCCUAUAUUUUCUCUUCAGAGAUGGUCAAGUGCGCGGAUGAAAAUAAAACCUUGGGGGAUUUCUUGACGACUAGGGCCAAAAACAUCUGUGGACAGGCUAAGAACACACUAAGAAUCCUGCGGUUGCGAAGCGCUUUGUCACUGAAGGACCUGAAAGAAAACUUCAUUUGUUGUUGAUAAUUUUUUUUCUUUUAAAGACAACGUGUUCCAACUGUUUUUUUUUUCAACAGUCAGUUGUCAACUCUGCUUGCAACUGAGUAGGACUAAGAGAGUGUUUUUUCUUUUCGAUUUCAGAAAAAAAAAACAACUUGUCGUAAGAACAGCUUUCUUAAAGUAAUAUGUAAUGCAAUGUCGCGGAUGAAAUAACAACCGUUUUUGUGCUCUUUAUACUAUAUAAUGAAAGUACUGCAGUUCAAAAGAUGACUCGCUGUACUUGUCUUACUCCAACCUGUUCACAGACUAUGAUUUGUGGGGUAAAAUUAUGUACCAGUUAAUGUAAACCGCCACACCCUCCCGGUGAGACUUAGCAGGGCAUCAAACUACCGCUCACUGCUAAAGUUGGAAAAUCCCCAAAAUUCAAGGUUAACUGAUUCUUCUAAUUGGAGCUAAUGACCCCGCUUAGAGCCAGAAGCUGUUAUCUGGCGCUCUUGCUUCAAUGCGCGGAUUCUUGAGUAAGUCCACCUUGGCGGAAAAUACCUCGCCUAUCUUGGCUGCCAUGAUUUGAUCAGUCUCCUUGACCUACGACCCUUUCGCAAAAAACUCCCUGCAAAUUCCCCACUAUGUCCGAGCCGGGAGCGGGGGUGGAAGGGUGGGGCUGCGAGAGUUUAUAUUGACUAGUGUUGUGACUAGUGCAUCCUUGCUUGGAUCACAUGCAAUAAGUAUUGAAUGAAGCAUGUUGUGUAACUUAUGUAUUUCGUUACAGUGAAUGGUGGCUGGAGUUCAUGGGGUAACUGGUGCGCAUGCUCUAAAACGUGUGGUACUGGAUCACAGUACCGCACACGAUCCUGUACUAAGCCCCCUCCAUCAUAUGGAGGAAAACCAUGCGAGGGACAAGCUAAACAGACAAGAGCCUGUAACCAGAAGCUUUGUCCUGGUAUGUGUUAUGGUUUGUAACCUUCGAAACAACAACACUGGAGUUAAAACUUAUUUUCAGCUUUCAUUUGGAACGCUAAAGAGAAUCGUUGAGAUAUUUGUGUUGAUUAACCAAUAUUCGUUUAGCGUAGGAAUCACCCUCUGAAAGAAAAUUUGGAUAAAAAGAAAGCAUUUAUUAUCCAAAUAAAGCAGUAGAAACUCGCCCCACAGUGCUCAAGUUACUGGAAAUUUUCAUUUUCUUCAGUUUCCUUUUCCCCCAACCUCGUCUUCAGGGCUUUUCCCAUUUUCUAAGGAAAAGUCCUUGGGGACAAGGUUAACUUCCCCCUAAAUUUCCGCCUUCAUUUUAUUCUCUUAACAUCAAAUCUGUCAUAUGUUUUUUGUUGUUGUUCUUAGUACAUGGUGGUUGGUCUAGCUGGACUCAGUGGGGUGCAUGCUCUAAAACAUGUGGAAAUGGAAAGCAGUACAGCAGACGGUACUGUAAUAAUCCCGUGCCAAAAUAUGGAGGCAAGAGAUGCUAUGGGGCAGCUGUAAAGACUAGGGAGUGUAAAGUCAGACCUUGUCCAGGUAACUGGGUUAAUUCUCAAAAACAUUAACUCUGGACUUUUGACUUUCAAAAUGGUCAAUAGUCAGUGUUAGCAGACUGUUUGAACAGACCAAUUAUUUUGAAAAAACAAGUGCACAUGUACGGAUUCAUCGAUUCGAUUGUCAUGUUAACCCAACUGUUUUAUCGUGUUGUUUUGUAUUGUAGUUUCGAAAUGUUUCGGACGGGUGGAAUCACCAAAUGUAAUACAAAAGAUUGGAAAGACGCUGAAUAAUAUCUACACCACAGAACAAAGUGAACCAACAAUAUUGUCGCAGCUCCACGUCACGAAACACCUCUCAAUGUCCAAUAAUUUUCUUUCAGUAAACGGCCGCUGGUCAAAAUGGGCAGCUUGGUCCAAGUGCUCUAGGACUUGUGGGCAGGGAAAACAAACCCGAAACCGAACCUGUACCAAUCCCCCGCCAAAAUAUGGAGGCACGUGCGUGGGUCCGGCUACUCAAACGAAGUCCUGUCUCGUAAAGAAAUGCCCUGGUUUGUGGAACCUCAAGUGCUUUCUCAAUUUUUCAUUAUUUAUUAAAAUCUGUUAGAAACUACAAAACUUUGAGGAAGUCAACCUGUUACUUAUUGCCGCAGCAGUGGGUUGUUUAGGCCAUUGUUCUUUUCACAGAUCCACUGGUUGGGUAGCCUUUGCCAGGCUCUCAGUCAGUAGAGACGAGCGAAAAAAGCGGGCGAACAAUGAAAAAGUGGGGGCGAGCGAAAACCGGCAGGGGGAGAGAAGGGGAGAGUCUGGAACAGGCUACGGGUUGUGUCAAGGGGGAACUGUAUAGUAAGUUCUAUGCGCACUUUGGAGAACAAAAAAAACAAAUAAAGUUCUGAUUAAAUAGCUGCAGUUACUGUAGCAGUUUGUCUUUUAUCAACUGAAGGUCCAUUUUCACCGACGCCUGUUUUGUUUGGUCUUGUUUGUCUCGAACUAAUGUUUCACGUAGUUUAUGGUCUCGUUAAUUUGCAGUCAACGGUGGCUGGGGUACUUGGAGUAAAUGGCAUGCAUGCUCUAAAACGUGUGGCAACGGUACACAGUACCGCAGUCGCUUCUGCAAUAAACCAAGUCCAGCACAUGGAGGAAAGCAAUGUUCAGGGCCAAACAAAGAGACACGAAAAUGUAACACCAAGAUCUGUCCAGGUAGGCUCACUUUUCGCUUUUAUAAAUUUAUCUUACAGAGAAUAAGGACAUGAAAACUCUUCGGUGGCCUUCUUUUUCAUUCCUACAAUAUUCACCAAUCAUUACUGUCACACUCAGAAAAGCGUGAACACCUGAAAAAUUUUAGGAAUGUUGAUUGUGUACUGGCUAAUCACAAUAAAGUUCAGGAUACGCAAGCGAACCUCAAACCACAAAUUAAUUACCGUUGCUGUUUGUGGUUUAGUUAUCUCGCGCCUUAUUGGCUUAUUUCUCGCAACACAAUAACAUUCCAUAAAUAUUUCUGGUGUUCACGGUUUUGUGAGUUUCACAGUAAAUACAAAGAAAAAAUCUUGAAAACAUAAAAGGCGCAAUCGAAAUGGGCGAGAGGAGCUAAAAGGAGCAAAUCAGAGCAGAGGGAACAGGAAGAAGAGAGACCCUGGGAACGAGUGGAUUCGUUUCAGUAUCUUCUUUUUAAAUUACUUAACACGAUUACGUGCGUUGUAUCCUUAACUUCUGCGAGGCAAUGUCUCGUUCGAUAACCCACUCGGAGAAUCGACCUACGCCCUACAAUUUAGGCACUUAUUCACUCUAUAUUGAGAAAUAAACCGCAAAGUUAUUAUCAGUGCAUUCUAGGACAUUUUUACUGGAAUGAAGCUUGCAGUUGAAAAGACUCGGCCGGUGAAAAAAAUGCGACAUUUCAGUUUUUAUAGAAGCAAACAUAAAGGAAGAUAGAUAAUUUUGAAAUCCGGGGAGUCUAGCUUCAUACACUCACUUGACUCUCCAAGUGUUUCUCCCGAUCAGUUUUCGCUAAAAAUAUUUUAUCGCAACCGUUUUGCACUUACUCUUUUAUGGGGAAUCUUCUUAGUCAACGGUCGCUGGUCAUUAUGGGCAACAUGGUCCGCGUGUUCUAAGACGUGUGGGACUGGAACCAAGACUCGGAAGCGAUCGUGCACCAAUCCCCCGCCUCAGAACGGAGGAAAGGGAUGCAAAGGAAUUGAUAAACAAACAAAGUCCUGUUUGCUGAAGACAUGUCCUAGUAAGUUCAACUCAAGUUUAAAAAUAAGAUUACUCUUUUACUUAAUAACAUCACAAUUACGUUAUUAAUAACAUCCUCUUUGUCGCCCGUUAUUACUGACUGCAUUCACUUGUUCAGUUGUUUUCACUGCGUGGCACUGAACUAACGAUAACAAAACACUUUCUAAAAAGAAAACUGCUUUGUGUGUUUUUCUAACAAUUGAGCGUUACGAAUGAUUAAUUUUUUAGCGGACGGUGGUUGGAGCGCAUGGGGAAAAUGGUGCGCAUGCUCUAAGACGUGUGGCACUGGAACACAGCACCGCAGUCGGACCUGCACGAAUCCAAGGCCUGUGUAUGGAGGGAGACAGUGCCUUGGAGAAAACACGGAGACCAGGAACUGUAACACAAAUUCUUGCCCAGGUGCGCAUGCUCUUUAACCAAAAAACGCUCACAGUACUACUGCCAUGCAAUAUCAUUGGCUAAAAUAAAGGAAAAUGAUUUCUGUUCUUGUAACUUUUUAGUAAUCAGCGGCUGUCGAAAUUCCAGCCAUGGCUUAAAACCGCUCAUAUAUUGACCAAUAACUGAAAACAGCAUUAAGAAAUAUUGCCGUCCCUAUCAAUCUCUCACCCCCCCCCCCCCCCACACCCCAAGGGCCCGCUACCUCUCACAAAACCCUCAUUUUUUCUUCAAAAAAACAAUAACAAAUAUCAUAUAUAGUAAGCUCUCCCCUCCACUAGCCCCCUCUUCUUCUCACCUUCUUCCUCUGUUUUUUUAACCCCCCCCCCCCCCCCCCCCCCCCCCAAAGCGAAGGGUCGCCUUACACUAAAGCUAGCUUUAUUUUUCAUGAAAAGCAAGUAAAAUCUGAUAUAGCUGAACUUACCACUUCCUGCAGGCCGGCUCUUUCUUGACACUUGGGCUUCCUGUUUUUCUGAUCCUUCUUAGGUUAUGGCGGCUGGGGUUCCUGGGGAACAUGGUCAGCAUGUUCAAAAACCUGUGGAACUGGAUCUCAAAGCCGGAAAAGAACUUGUUUUGGUUACAACUCUGGAUAUGACAAAUGUCCUGGAACACAUGAGGAGACGCGUGACUGUAACACUCAAAUGUGCCCCGGUAAGUCACGUUUUAGUUAUCUUGAACAGGGAAACAGUCAUUAAAGGAAAGAUGAACAAAGCAAAAGUAAAAUAAAAUAAAUAAAACGGAGAGAUUUUCAGCAUGAACAAGCAAACGAUCUAAUGAAUGAAGUAACGCACUAUAAACAACAAGCUGCUGCUCCAUGGCGAUCUGAUUAAACACGUGACUGUUUUAUUUUAAACCCUUUUCAGUCAACGGCCGCUGGUCAUUAUGGGCAACAUGGUCCGCGUGUUCUAAGACGUGUGGGACUGGAACCAAGACUCGAAAGCGAUCGUGCACCAAUCCCCCGCCUCAGAACGGAGGAAAGAGCUGCAAAGGGAUUGAUAAACAGACAAAGUCCUGUUUGCUGAAGGCAUGUUCCAGUAAGUUCACCCGCCACCCCCCUCAACUCUAAGUGCCGACAAUACAUUUUUUGUAUACACGCAUAAUCAUAAUAUUACAUUGCAUUCCUAGGGUAGCGAAAUGAACUGUAAUUUGUACUAAAACUGAACUACACUGAUUAGAUGGGGAUAUGUAUCACGUGCGUUUAAUCAUAAUUAUUUUAAUGGGAAAGGCGAAUUAUAAACUUUAAUUGGCCUUACGUAGCUAGUCAGACCAACCUCGUCCCCAGGGCUUUUCCCUUAAAAAAUGAGUGGGGCGGGGGAAGAGGUUGUAGUCAGAAGCAAUGGGACAAGUCAGGCAAGGACAUGGACAACGAUGUGCGCUCUUUGUUCAAGUCUUGUCCGAGAGCGUUUCUUGCGUCCCAGCAUGGCGUUUUUGUACCACGUGACUCAAUGGCUGCAAAGGGCCUAUCGUUAUUAUUAGCAAGUAUUUUCAAGUACGAAAAUAGAGAUCAAGAGGCGGAGCGGGAGGAGACGUCACUUUAAUGGAGCUGAAUCACGGAUUUCAUCCAAAUUCUAAAAGUAGAAACUGUCACCAAAUUGAGUGAAACAAAAAUAAUCGCUAAAAACAUUACAACAAGGUAUUAACUAGUAAAAUUAAAACGGGUUAAAAUCUUUUUGGGGAUUAUGAAACCUUGUUAGCCUUUUAAUAGUUCAUUUUUGUUGUUUGUAACGUUUGAUAUGUCGCUUGGGAAGUAUAAUUGUUGGUCAAGAUGCUGUGAUUUUAUCGUUAGAGAAAUUUUUUAGCGCAUAAGAAAGAGAGUUGUAGUCUGCGAGCAAGCUCUCCGGGGCGCUCUGCCUGCGGGGCGGGAAAAGGAGGGAGAGCCUGCAUCUACGUCUCUGGAAUUUGAAUAUCUGCAUCGAAAAAGUCGAUGCGAAAUGCUGAUUGGCGUUGACGACAUUAGUAAUGAAGUCAUUACCCUGGGACGUGUUUUUCAAUGUUUAUUUACAUUCGCACUCGUUUCCGCUUCGCCCUGAUUGGCGGAUUCUGACAGUUAAGUCGACGGGGAGCCACAGGGGAAUUGGAGGUGGAAUUUAAAUUCCAGGGACGCAGUUGCAAGCUCUCCUUCCUCUUCCCGCCCUGCCGCCAUAGUGAACUAGACGGCCGUGACACAGCACUUUUGAGGAUAAAACUAAUCCAUAUGCAUUAUAUUACAGUGCUUUGGUAAAUCACGUUUUUUUAGUUGUAUUAAACAUGGUAACGGUCAUAAAAAUGAAUAAAUAAAUAAAACAAGGAUUUACAAAACAAAGAAAAACUGCGGAAAGAUUUUGAGUAUGAACGAGCAAGCGAUCUAGUGAACGAAGUAAACGCUGGAUAAAUGUAAAGCUGCUCCGAUGAUCAAUUGCUCCGAUGAUGAUCUGACUAAACACGUGACUGUUUUCUUGCGAACCCUUUUCAGUCAACGGCCGCUGGUCAUUAUGGGCAACAUGGUCCGCGUGUUCUAAGACGUGUGGGACUGGAACCAAGACUCGAAAGCGAUCGUGUACCAAUCCCCCGCCUCAGAACGGAGGAAAGAGCUGCAAAGGAAUUCAUAACCAAACGAAGUCCUGUUUGCUGAAGGCAUGUCCCAGUAAGUUCCUCUCACACCCUCAACUCUGCACGCCUAGAGUAAACCUUUUGCAUACACACACAAUUACACAACCAGAUUCCUAAGAGAAAAAGUUACCUGUUGUUCGUACUAGUGACUCUAAUUAGAGGCGGAAAUACAUCCACCUGCGUUUUAUCAUAUUUGAAUGGAAAAGGCGCAUUAUAAAUUUUUGUGAGGUUCAUGUUUGUCUUGUCCCAGAGCGUUUCUUGCAUCCCAGCCGAGCGCUUAUGUACCACGUGACUGACCAGCCGCAAAGGGACUAUUGCUGUUAGAGCGAAUUUCGUAUGACCUUGAAAUAUGGUUUCGGUAAGUGUUCGUUAUUUGUUUUAUCAGCCAAUGGAUGAAAAGAUCAAAACAUGCAUGGCCUCUUCAUUUUCCUGCCAAAGAAACUCCUAAUAUGGAGAAGGCGUUGUUCGAUUGGCCAAUCGUGUUGCAGUAUGACGUCAAAGCAAAGUAUCGAUUGAUUUCUAGAAAGUUGUCGGACAUGAAGUUUUUUUACCCGACCGUUUGCUUAACCAGCCAAAAGACACGCGCGUUUGUGUCCGCUCGAUGAACCAAUCAUAUCGCUCUAUUUCCGUUCGUUACUUGUUUCGGUUUUGUUCGCCCGUUUUCAUUCCAAGGUCAAACGAAAAUCGCUCUAUCAGUCAGCAUAGAAAAGUUUAGGAGUGGAGACCCAGGAGCGGGGAGAAGAGGUCCCUUUAAGAACAAAAAUAAUCCUUGAAUUUGAUUAAAUUUUUUUGAAGUUGUUGUUAACGGCGGAUGGGGAAACUGGAGCGACUGGAGCGCAUGUAGUGCAUCAUGUGGGCCUGGGAACAGCAUCAGGACCCGGCGAUGCGACAGUCCUCCCCCUGGUCCCGGAGGAAACCCUUGUGUGGGACUUCGUUUGGAGAACAAGCCUUGCAAUUUAAGACCAUGUCUUACAGGUAAAUAUACAGAGCAAGACCAGCACAUGUAUAAAUGCGAGUAAACGAAGGCGGGAAUUAAAGUAUGUAACCAACAUCGAUUGAGGUUCCUAGGUAACUGAUCACCUAUCCCUCCCCAAAGUCAAAAUUUUACCCUAAGGGAGAAGUAAGUGUUAAUGUUAACUUAGGGGAGGGGUAGGUACUCAGUUACCCAGAACCUAAACAAGAGCCGAUUAGAUUCGGCUCCUAAAGAAACUUAUUUACGACCAAGUCUGAAAAAUGAAUGGAGGAGGAAGGAUUGACAAAACAAAGAAAGAAACAAAUUAACGGCGGACGAAAGAAUAAAUAAAGGUGACAGGAACUCGACAGGUAAUGACUUGACGCUGCAAUUAUUUGGUAAGACGACAGAGAUAAACAAGAUAAUUUUGCAAAAAAUUCAAUUGAAAUUCCAUGAUAAGGUCACAAUUUCCAUUAUUAAAAGUGUGACACCUUAUUUCGUACGCUGCUGAGUUUCUUAUUUCUGAAAAAUACGGCCGUGCCGGCACCAAACUCGUCCAAGCAGUACAAAUACAUGUAGACGUUCCUACCUUUACUCUUUUAGUUGCAGUUGUUAACGGCGGAUGGGGGAACUGGAGCGAGUGGAGUGCCUGUAGUACAUCAUGUGGGCCUGGGACUAGUAUCAGAACCCGGCGAUGUGAUAAUCCCCCUCCGAGUCCCGGAGGUAAAUCUUGUGUGGGACUUCCCGUGGAUAACAAGCCAUGUGAUCUGGGACCAUGCCCAGGAGGUGAGUGA